AUGGCUCAGCCGCCGCAGGCCUAUGAUGCCGAAAUCACAGAUCCACCAUUGCUCAAGGACAACUCCGAGAUAAGGCCUUACAAAACAAACAGGUUUACUUAUCCAAAAAUCCGUGUAUUCUUCCGACCUCGCCCAAAGAUAGAUGAAUUUCCUCAAGACCCUGCCCCGUUGCCAUUGCUUGUAUUUAUUCAUGGCCUCGGCGGUUCGGUGGCCCAGUUUCAUCCUCUGUUAACCAGUCUCGUUAAUGUUGCAUCCUGCUUGGCCGUGGACUUACCAGGAUGUGGUCGUUCCGAAUUCGCUCCCCGGGACUGGGAAGCUUACGAGACAGGCCAUCUAGCUGAGCUGCUAGAGACGAUCAUCAAUAGCUAUCGCGACAAGGAGCGUGGUCAGGGGGUUGUAUUAAUUGGUCAUAGCAUGGGCACUGCACUUGCUGCCAGGCUCGCAAAUAAGGAAGGCCGCCAUGCAACAGACUUGCCUUCUCAUGUUAUGGGGCUCAUUGGUAUAUGUCCCGUCAGUGGGCCUUUCUCGCGAGAGAAGACAACAAUAUUCCGAAGACUCUUGUGGAUCCCGACAUGGUUAUUUGACCUUUGGCGCAAGUGGGACCAGAGAGGAGGCCCAGAGAGCGCAAGCGUCAGUCGGUUUGUCGGUCCAGAGGCAGAUGUUGUGUGCAGAACGUUGCAAGACCGAUUUAACAAACAAAGUCGAACUGCUGUUUUCCGACGCAUGGCUUGGGGUAGUCUUCCUACGUAUGCUGCCGGCGAGGCCUCAGGUGGCCUCUUUGGAGAGCCUACUUGGUCUGGGCUUGAUAUCCCGGUCUAUCUCAUCGGCGCCGAGAAGGAUACCGUGACUUCACCUACUGAAGUUACCAAAAUCGCCGAACUACUAAAUUCCAAGAGGACAUCUGUCAUUAGCAAAGAAUCAACAUCUAGCGGCACACUUGGCGAAUCUGCGGCACCCGUGGUUCCCACAGCCAAGCCGAGCGAUCAUCUUCCGGAAUCGAUUGGUGACAUCACCGCUAAUGACUUUGAGCGUAGACAGCUCUCGGCGAAUGUAGAAGAAAGUUUCGAAGAGGCAUCUACUCCACGAGACGCGGGAGAGUCUCCCGGUGCGAUUCCUCACCAAUCGUUGCACCCCAAAAAAGUUGUCAAGACAAGGAUCAUGCCAGCUCCUGCCACUCAUGCAGUUCUAUAUAAUCCAAAACAAGUCCGUGUUUUGUCGAGCCUGAUCAGCGAUUUCAUGGUAGAACAUAUUUCUGGGAGGCUUGAAUUUGGCUGGCAACUUCAACACCUUAAUCGCCUGGGCAAAUGGGAGCUGAAGAAUUUGAAGAAGUGGCAAGCAAUCCAGCCUGUUUCAAAACCCAUCAACAACAUUUUUCGUGCCAUGAAAACCUUGCGUGAAGUGGACGAAGAGCAUUCGCCGAAGAAGUUCUCAGAGCAAUGGGGUGGUAUCGUCAAGGACAUCAUCGACAUCAGCAAAGACAACCCGGCCUACGAUCCCAGAGGACUGGAACGUGAAGGUAUUAAAUACCACAAGUUUCCCACUGUCUCAAAGGUACCCCCAACAGACCAAGAGGUCGAGACCUUUGUCAAUUUGGUCGAUCAGGUCAGGGAGGACCAGAAAGUCCGAGCUCAGGAGCAAGGCUGGGAAGAGUAUGCAAUCGGCGUUCAUUGUCAUUACGGCUUUAACAGGACAGGCUUCUUCAUCGUGUGCUAUCUGGUAGAGAGAUGCGGGCUCGGUGUCCAAGAAGCGAUUGACAUGUUUGCGAAAGCACGACCUAAUGGCAUCAGGCACUGCCAUUUUUUGGACCGCCUAGAAUACCGGUACUCUGAUUUGAAAAAUCAGUGUUAA